AUGGAUAUAGACAUCNCAACCCUGGACAUUAACAUCACAGCACUGAAUGGAAGCAGCUACAANAAUAGUGUUGAUUGUUCCUUCAAGAUCCAAGUCAUGGGUUUUAUUUCCUUCAUCGUUUCCCCUGUUGGGAUGAUACUAAAUUCCACAGUGCUGUGGCUCCUGGGCUUCCAAAUACGCAGGAAUGCCUUCUCUGUCUAUAUCCUCAACCUGGCCGGGGCUGACUUUCUCUUCCUAUACUCUCAGGUUUUAUUUUACCUUAUUGUUAAAUUUUUCUCCAUUUCUGGCCAGGUCCCUCUCUUUUUUGGUAUGUUGAUAAUAUUUGCUUAUCUUUCUGGCAUGGGCAUUCUCAGUGCCAUUAGCAUUGAGGUCUGCCUGCGUGUCAUGUUGCCUAUCUGGUAUCGCUGUCAAAGACCGAGACACACAUCAUCUAUAACCUGUAUCUUGCUUUGGGCUUUGUCCCUGUUGUUUGUGUUUCUGGAUGGGAAGAGAUGUGGCUUACUGUUUAAUAGUUUUGACAAAUCUCAGUGUUUGAGAUUUUAUUUAAUCAGUGAUAUAUGCUCAAUUGUUUUAUUUGUGGUUCUCUGUGGGACCAGUUUCAUCCUAAUUGUUAGUAUCUUCCGUGGCUCCCAGCAGAUUCCUGUGACAAUGGUGUAUGUGACCAUUGCACUCACAGUGUUAUCCUUCCUAUUCCAUUGUCUUCCCUUUGGAAUCUCCAGCAUCAUUCACUGUAUUAAAACGUUGAUGUACGUUGGAUUUUGUGAUUAUUUUCCAGAGGCAGUAUUGGUAUUCCUAUACUGUAUGAACAGCUGUGCCAACCCUAUUGUUUACUUCCUUGUUGGUUUUAUUCUUCAGCGAAUGUUCCAACAGAAAUCUCUGAAGCUGCUUCUUCAAAGAGCAAUGGAGGACACUCCUGAAGAAGAAAGUGAAGACAGGGGUCCUUCAAGCAAUCCAGAAGAACUUGAAACAUUCUCUAGCAACUGA